GCUCGGGACCCACAGGCUCGGGAGGGGAGGGGGGAGCCCGGCGCCGCGAUUCCCCUGCACCGGGGGGGCCCCUUUGCGUUCAUGCAACGCCUGGUGGCCUGGGACCCGGCAUGUCUCCCCAUCCAGCCCCCGGCCUUUAAAUCCAUGGAAGUGGCUAAUUUCUAUUACGAGGCGGACUGUCUGGCUGCGCUGAGUAAGCUGCACCCCCGGGCGGCAGGGGGCCGCUCCAUGACCGAGCUCACCGUGGGGGAUCACGAGAGAGCCAUCGACUUCAGCCCUUACCUGGACUUAACGUCGCAGCAGCAAGCGCAACAGCAAGCGCAGCAGCAGCAGCCGCCUUCCUCUGCGGCACCAGGGGGCAACUUUGAGCCGGUUUGCAGCAGCGGCGGCGGCGGCAGCAGCAACAGCGGCCAAGAUUUUCUCUCGGAUCUUUUCUCCGAGCAGGACUAUAAAGGCGGCGGCGGGAAGAAGCACCCCGAUUACCCUUACAUCAGUCUGGCCCGGCACGGCAGCCACCACCCGGCCGUCGGCCAGAGCCACAAGCCCGGCCCGCUGCUGGGUUGCUUCCCGCCGCAAAUGGUGGAGACCAAAGUGGAGCCGGUCUUCGAGCACCUGGACUCUUGCAAAGGGCCCCGCAAGGAGGAAGGGGGAGGCGGUGGCGGCGCCGGGCCCGGCCUGGGGGGCAUGUCCUCGCCUUACGGCAGCACCGUGCGCUCUUAUCUGGGCUACCAGUCGGUGCCCAGCGGCAGCAGCGGCAACCUCUCCACCUCUUCGUCUUCCAGCCCGCCCGGCACCCCCAACCCCUCCGAUUCCUCGAAGUCGGCCGCGGCCGGAGGAGGAAGUGGCGGUGCCGGCGCCUACCCGGCCGGCAGCAGUAGCGGCGGCAAGAAUAAGGCCAAGAAGUCCGUCGAUAAGCACAGCGAGGAGUACAAGAUCCGGCGGGAAAGGAACAACAUCGCCGUGCGCAAGAGCCGCGACAAGGCCAAAUUGCGCAAUCUGGAGACGCAGCACAAAGUCUUGGAACUGACGGCCGAGAACGAGAGACUCCAAAAGAAAGUGGAGCAGCUCUCUCGGGAGCUCAGCACCCUCCGGAACUUGUUCAAACAGCUGCCUGAGCCGCUCUUGGCCUCCUCGGGACACUGCUAGCCCCCCUCCCCCGGCUGCGCGCCGCUGGACCACGCUGGAGCAGCCGCUGUGGGUGUUGGGGAAGGGGGGGGAGGGAGGCUGGGGGCGGUCGAAGGGUAGAGAGCGAAGAUUGAGCGAGUGGGGGUUUUUUUUGGGGGGGGGGGGAAUCUGGGGUUGCUUUUCCCCCUCUUGGCGGGAGAAGAUCAGGGACGAGGGAGGAAAUGGGGAGACAGGCCGAGUGGGACGAAUGUACACAUAAUCUACUUUUUGUUUUUCCUGGUUCGUUGCCUUUAAUUCGCUCUCUGAUGUGGGGGGCGGGGGGAGAACCCCAACCCCUCUUCCGCCGCACGUUCUGUGCCGCACAACUCCUUCGGCUGGCGGGGGGAGUCUCCUGGCGGUGUGCUCGUUACCUCUGCAAACCACAUGAAGGAAUUGAUUGGGGUUUUUUUUCAGCUUUCAGGUUGGUUUGUUUCCUGAGCGAAUCAUGUGAUACCAAACUCGAUAAGACGCUUAAAUUCUACGAUCUGGUAUCUCUGCACGGAGGGGUGGGUGUGGGGGAAGGAGGAGGUUCUUUUUUUUUCUUUUUUUUUUGGUUGAAUGCUAGUGUUAUUUAAAGAAGAAGAAGAUAAUAAAGUAGAGAGAGAGAGAGAGAGAGUCCAGAGUGAUGCAAUCUUUUAAACAUGGCUGAGAAAGCUGGCUACACAUGAUGCAACCUCAUGUAACUGUCAGUCAUGGAUUAAGUAAUCUGUUAAAGAUGUUCCUAAAGUUUUUUUAUUAUUAUUAUAAAUAAUGAUCUAUUUCUAUAAGGGAAAAAAGACAUAUGUAUAUUUUGGGAUCUAUGCAUUCUUGCUACAUAUGAAGCAUUAAUGAACAAUUUUAAUAAAACUUUUAUUGCUAGGAGGGAACAAA